AUGGAGCAUCUUUCUCCAACGACCAUUUAUUUCCAGAGUCUUUCUCUUCUUGCCGAUCACCUCAGAGCUCAAAUCAGAAUAAAGGAUAAAGGAGUGACCAUCCUGCUCCAGCCAGCAACCUAUGACAUCCCCAAGAUUCUUCCCUAUCUCUUUCCAACGUACACUCAUGUUACACCCGUGUCAGCUGAACAAGUAUUAGAUUAUUUAGAGUCAUUGCCAACAGCUCUCUCACUUCCUACAAAGACCCUCCUUGUUAUUGAUGAGCACUCCUCUUCACUCAUGCUUAAGAUUCGCUCCUUCCUCUUCACUUCCUAUGAGACGCACGCAUCUGGAGCUGUGUUUUUAACCAAGGACCUACCUCAAAAUCUAUCCGUUUGCAUUAUUCUAUCCCGAGCACUCAUCGAGAGACAGGCGUCUGACACGCAGGUCUCUAUCCUCAAUCAGUAUCAUAUUUAUUCUAUCAAGACAGCAUCAGUGGGCGAGCCACUACGACACAGAGUUCCUCUGGUGAUAGACCUCGGUUGGAUAGGAAAGAAGGCUAUUACCGAUUUAAUAUUCAACAUGCUAACCAGAGAUCCUCGUCACGAACCUGCAAUCAAGAUGGGGGAGAGAAGUCUGUCACAUCGUGAUAUCCAGCGAUUUGUUAGUGCAACAAACCCUAUAUCCCCUUCAUCGGCACUCCAUAACUUUGUGUUCUAUGUCAGCACGCCUCUAAGAGAAGCGGCACUGCCUCAACUAUCGAGUGAAACAGACACGCUAUACCAACUUAUGCGGUCCUUCUUCUCCGCCUCUUUGCGGGAUCCCCGUGCAGACAUGACCACCUCACGAAGUAGCGCGUUGCACUAUAUCAGCCUUCGUCUCGUGCGUAACUUGCCCGUGCACAUCCCCUCCGCCCACGCUUUCUUCUUCCUGUCAACAAAAAGACUUCCUACCAAACGUAACCUAAAUCAAAUUUAUCUAGAUGCGUUACAAUCCGAUAUAUCCCCCAACACCAUUCUAUCGUGGCUCUAUGACUAUAUCUAUGACGUAUACCACACUGCAGACCAAAUUGGACACUUUUGCGAGUGUGUUUCUGCGCUAUACAGUACCUCAGACAGACUCCCAACGUACACCAGCGCAUUCUCGCUGCAAGUUGCAUGGAUUGUGCACGAGCUAUGUGUAUUGAAGUUCACCAAAUUGCACUCCCUCCCUCAAACCAUGCGUCGGCUGUCAAGUUUUUGCCCUCCUAGACAGCCUUCUGUCAAGCGCAUCAAUUCACUAGAUGCACACGAGCAAUAUGCGCAUCUUCAUAACAAUCUUGAUGUCCUUUCUGCACCAAUUGAGCACUUAAAAGAGAAGAGCGGCCAUUCUGACAGCCCUGACUCUGAGUCUGAGCUAACAAGUUAG